GAUCCAUUCGGUAAUGAGCAGGUAUCGGCGACGUAAGGAGUAAGUCUCUUGACCAUUCGCGGGCGAGAAGAAUCUUAACAAGACUAUUGUUACUGUAUUUUUAAUUUUCUUUUUUUAUAUUUAUGUAUUUAUAAAUAUAUAUAUAUAUAUGUACAUAUAUGUAUAUAUAUUAUACUGAUGGCUACGCUCGCUGUAGGUCGGUUAGUUCGUCUCAUCCCCGGCUCAGACACAGACGCCGAACGAGCAUCUAUCAAGGGGUUAUUUAACCACAGACUAUCCCCAGAUCCACUACAGGCGCGGUUGCAAUGGCUUGGCAUUGUCGAGGGGAGGGACGAGCUUUGGACUAACAUCUCGAGCGAGAAACGCGAGCUUAUCAGAUCCGUCUUCAACCACGUCAAUCUAGAAAUAGUCAAGAGGGCACGGCCUAGUUCGGUCUUUAGUUUUGCUAAGGCUAGUAUUGGCAACCUGUUUUUGACUGGGGCAAGAGUCUUUACGGGGUCUCUCGAGUCGGCUAUCUACCUGCUCUCGACCAUCUGCUGCAUUUCGCCCACCGUUUCGGCUCUACCGGCUAUUAACACUAACUUCACUCAUCAUAUUUCGGCCGGCCUCGCCGACGGCACCCAGAUAACGGGGCAGAAUUCUAUCUCACAUCCCUCAGCACCAACCUCUCUGCCGCCCGACGAUGAUCUUCUUGGCAACGGCAACGGCAACGGAAAUGUCUGUACCUCAGCGCAGCAACGGCGUCUGCGAGAAAUGGAGGAGCAUGACCGGAUCGAGGAUGCGACAUUGCCAGGAUCUCUACCGACGCUGCGCAAGCAAUAUAUCGACUUUAGCAAGGCGGGUGAGGAAGACCUGCCGGCACGUAUCGAGCGGAUCUGGUAUAUCAACCCAUACGGGCACGAGAUAUGGCCGCUUGCGAAUCCCAAGGUGCUCGAGGCUAUCGGCCGCGCCGGUGCCGUCAUCUAUAGCAUCGGUAGCCUGUACACGUCUAUCGUGCCGAGCCUCGUGCUACGGGGGGUCGGCGACGCCCUCGCCAACUCCGGUGUAAGGUAUAAAGUGUUGAUCUUGAACUCGAUGGUUGAUCGAGAGACGGGGCCUAGCUUUUCGCCGCUGACGGCGACCGACUUCGUUAGGGCGAUCACGCGGGCUGCUGCCGAGAACCAGGGCGACUUUGCUCUCGACGAGAGACAGAAGGGCGAGGUGAGUAGGUACAUCACCCACCUCAUCUACCUCGAGGGCGAGGGAGCGCCCAAGGUAAACAAGGACGAACUUGCAGCGCUAGGUAUAGACUGCAUCAGGGCCUAUGGGCGACGAGUAGAGGGCAUGUUGCGUUACGACGAAGCUGGCUUGACAAGAGCUUUGGAGGCAGUUAUUGGCAAGACGGAGAUGCCGAGGAGUCGUAGAAAUACCAGUGGCCAAUAAAUUCGCUUACCUAGUAGGUAGGUACAUAGCAUGUACUGUUUAUUAUAAGGGGUUGAGUAGAGUGGUGCGGGUAGAUAUCUUAUGGUCAAGUGCGACUUCGAACUUGUGGAAAAGGCUGAUGUUUAAUGAGUAUAAUUAGGGGGUAUAUACAGUAAGGAGGAGGGAGUUGUCAUGAGAACAUUUCUUUGUCUGUAUCUCUCUGUUUUUUGGAGGGAUUUUUUUUUCUUGGAAUUUAAUAUCGUACAGCUCUCUAGGUAGAUACUAAGCCCCAUCACGUCUUUCCACGAAAUAGCUAAACUGUGGAAGCUCAGCUAGCUCUAAGGGUUCGCACGACCAAAUAUGUUCUAUAUUCGUAUCGUCUGAACCGGCAAGCAAGAAUGUGCUUUUUCUCUCCUUAUAAAU